CUCGAUAUGUCUGGACGAGGUAAAGGAGGAAAAGGACUUGGAAAAGGAGGCGCUAAGCGUCAUCGUAAGGUGUUGCGUGAUAACAUCCAGGGUAUCACCAAACCAGCUAUCCGUCGUCUUGCUCGCCGUGGUGGUGUCAAGCGUAUUUCUGGUCUCAUCUAUGAAGAGACUCGUGGUGUUUUAAAGGUUUUCCUUGAGAAUGUCAUCCGUGAUGCCGUCACUUACACCGAGCAUGCCAAGAGAAAGACCGUCACCGCCAUGGAUGUCGUCUACGCAUUGAAGAGACAAGGCCGAACCCUGUACGGAUUUGCAUUUGUUGAUGAGAACAAAGCGCCUACAGGAUGUUUGUUUCGCGCUUCUUUUUGCGGACGUGAACUAACACAUACAAGUACCCAAUCAGAUUGCAAUGUUUCGACGCCGCACGAGUAUAAAGUGAGAUGUUGGGGGAAAAUAUUUUUCAUUCAUCAAUCGUGUGUUGAGAAAAAAUUCGAAAUGGCUCGUACCAAGCAAACUGCCCGUAAAUCUACUGGAGGAAAGGCUCCACGAAAACAACUUGCUACCAAGGCAGCACGUAAGAGUGCACCAGCCACCGGUGGUGUCAAGAAGCCUCAUCGUUACAGGCCUGGAACUGUCGCUCUCCGUGAGAUCCGUCGAUACCAGAAGAGCACUGAGCUUCUUAUCCGCAAGCUCCCAUUCCAACGUCUGGUCCGUGAAAUCGCUCAAGACUUCAAAACCGAUCUCCGAUUCCAGAGUUCUGCUGUCAUGGCUCUGCAGGAGGCUAGCGAAGCUUACUUGGUCGGCCUUUUCGAAGAUACCAACUUGUGUGCUAUCCACGCCAAACGUGUAACCAUCAUGCCAAAAGACAUCCAGUUGGCCCGUCGUAUCCGUGGAGAACGUGGUAACUAUGCAUCGCGUGUCGGCGCUGGUGCUCCCGUCUACAUGGCUGCCGUACUCGAGUACUUGACUGCUGAAAUCUUGGAGUUGGCUGGAAACGCUGCCCGUGAUAACAAGAAGAGCAGAAUCAUCCCCCGUCAUCUUCAACUUGCCAUCCGUAACGAUGAAGAGUUGAACCGUCUUCUCGGAAGUGUGACCAUCGCACAGGGAGGUGUUCUUCCAAACAUCCAGGCCGUUCUCCUGCCAAAGAAGACCCAGGCCAAGACCAACCUAGACAACCAGUAUUGUAGGACUUGGUAUCAUUCACUGAACAAACUCAGUAUGUCUGGACGUGGUAAAGGAGGAAAAGGACUUGGAAAAGGAGGCGCUAAGCGUCAUCGUAAGGUGUUGCGUGAUAACAUCCAGGGUAUCACCAAACCAGCUAUUCGUCGUCUUGCUCGCCGUGGUGGUGUCAAGCGUAUUUCUGGUCUCAUCUAUGAAGAGACUCGUGGUGUUUUAAAGGUUUUCCUUGAGAAUGUCAUCCGCGAUGCCGUCACUUACACCGAGCAUGCCAAGAGAAAGACAGUCACCGCUAUGGAUGUCGUCUACGCCUUGAAAAGACAAGGCCGAACCCUGUACGGAUUCGGUGGAUAAGCUGUUCAUUCAUCAUCUAUCAAACCAAAAGGCUCUUUUCAGAGCCACAAUUUGAACAAAAGAGAAUGAUUGCAUACACAGCCUGUGUUUUGUGUCCAUGUCUGAUUUCUUUA